GCAUUUUGAUGAUUUUGACAGGAAACAGCAAAACAUAACCUAACUUAAUUCAACAUAACCUUACUUAAUUAGUAACAAUUUGUUGUUCAACAAUUUCUUUUUAAAUAAGGAGGAACAUUUUAAAUUUCUUCAGCAACAAUAAAACGAUAAUAAACAUUACUUACAGAAAUUUAAAUCAGAAAACAUCAGAACAGAAAAAUGUUUAUAUUAUCUGAAAUGAAGCAUGUAACACGAAUACCGCCUGAAUUAUUUCAUUUAAAGUUAAACGAUGCGAUAGCGGGCGAAUUAAAUAAAAAAUUAGCCAACAAAGUAGUUUUAAAUGUUGGUUUAUGUAUAGCACUUUAUGAUAUUACUAAUUUAAAAGAAUCUUACAUUAUACCAGGAGAUGGAGCUUCUCAUACUCGUGUUUCAUUUCGAUAUGUUGUAUUUAGGCCGUUUAUUGAAGAAGUAUUAAUGGGCAAAAUUAGAAGUUGUAGCCAAGAAGGUGUUCAUGUUACAUUAGGUUUUUUUGAUGAUAUUUUAAUCCCACCAAACGCAUUACAACAUCCUGCUAGAUUUGAUGAAACUGAACAAGCUUGGGUUUGGGAAUAUGAUACAGGAGAUGGAAAUAAACACGAUUUGUUUAUGGAUACUGGAGAAAAUAUUCGUUUUCGCGUUACAGGAGAAACUUUCCAAGAAACUUGUCCUGCUGGGCCAGCUACAGGAAAUACCGUACAAGAAGCUGGAGAAAACGCUGAAAACAAAGUACCAUAUUUAUUAACUGGAAGUAUUAAUGAACCAGGCCUAGGAUUAUUAUCAUGGUGGGAUAACUGAUAGUUAACUGUUUAGUUUAUCAUAUUUCUACUUUGUAUAAAAUUGUUAUUUUUGUCUAAAAUAUAUGAAAAUUAAAUAAUUUUUAUAAUAAUAAACUAAAAAUUGAAAA